GAGGCAUGACGGGAACGCACUUCCUCCUCUGGGGGCCUCGAGAAAACCACAGGGCGCCGGGCCAGGGCAGGCCGCCCCCGGGGGAGUUGGCAGGAUGGCCGAGGGCCGGGCGGGCGGCGCUGCCGGCCUCUUCGCCAAGCAGGUGCAGAAGAAGUUCAGCAGAGCCCAAGAAAAGGUACUGCAGAAGUUGGGGAAAACUGUGGAGACCAAAGAUGAACGGUUUGAACAAAGUGCCAGUAAUUUCCACCAACAACAGGCAGAAGGUCAUAAGCUAUACAAGGACCUGAAGAACUUCCUCAGUGCCGUCAAAGUGAUGCAUGAAAGUUCAAAGAGAGUGUCAGAAACCCUGCAGGAGAUCUACAGCAGCAAGUGGGACGGUCAUGAGGAGCUGAAGGCCAUCGUGGCGAAUAAUGAUCUCCUUUGGGAAGACUAUGAAGAAAAACUAGCUGACCAGGUUUUGCGGACCAUGGAAAACUAUGUGGCCCAGUUCAGUGAGAUUAAGGAAAGAAUCGCCAAGCGGGGCCGGAAGCUCGUGGACUACGACAGUGCCCGACAUCACCUGGAGGCGGUACAGAAUGCCAAGAAGAAAGAUGAGGCCAAGACAGCCAAGGCAGAGGAAGAGUUCAACAAAGCCCAGGUUGUGUUUGAAGAUCUGAACCAGGAACUACUAGAGGAGCUGCCUGUCCUUUAUAACAGUCGUAUUGGCUGUUAUGUGACCAUCUUCCAAAACAUUUCCAACCUGAGGGACGUCUUCUACAGGGAAAUGAGCAAGCUGAACCACAAUCUCUACGAGGUGAUGAGCAAACUGGAGAAGCAACAUUCCGACAAAGUCUUUGUGGUGAAGGGACUCUCAAGCAGCAACAGACGCUCUUUAGUCAUCUCUCCCCCAGUUCGAACAUCUACAGUCUCCAGCCCUGUAACCUCACCUACCAGUCCUUCUGCACUUUCCUUGAAGAGUGAGAAGGACUCCAGCUCAGCAAGUGAAGAAGAGCUGGCAUCUGAUUCAUCCCAGGGAGAAGACAACUCUGAGAUUAAAGAAGAGCCCUUAAAAGACAAGGAAACAGAGGAAGAGGCCGAGACAAGCUCCUCUGAGGAAGAAGAGCCUCUGCCAGCCUGCAAUGGCCCCACCCAGUCCCAGCCCUCACCCCUCACUGAGGACAGAGAGUCCCAGGAGGAAGUUUUCCCUUGCCCCCCAGCUCCAUCACCAGCCAGAGCUCUGACCCCUUCAGAGCAGGCUUCAUCUUCCUCAGUAGUAGUCCUCCGAACUCGUACGUCAAGCGAAGGAUCUGAAGAGCUAAAGAAGAGAGUCUCUGUGCAGAGGGCUUCAGCACCACCUAGCAGGCCUCCGCCACCCAGAGCCACUCCCAGUCCCAGGGGCUCCUUAGGGAACAUGCCCUCCAGCCCUCCAGCCUCACCCACUGGCCCUCGGGCCUCCUCAGAGGCCUCUCCUGACCUGCAGCCACCGGAGAAGCCAGUAAGAGAAAAGGAAAACACCGACAAUCUGAACCCAGAAGAACUUUGUACUUCCCCUACUUUGAUGAACUCUCAGAACCAAAGUCUUCAGCUUCAUGGCUCUGCAGUUCCAGAAGAGAGCAAUGUCAUAGCACCUGAGCCCGAAGAAGAGGUGUCUAUCAUUGAAAGUGCGCAACUCUGAAGAGGAACUGCCAGGACCUCCCCACACACCUCCCCAGAGAAACUCCUCAGCUAGAGGAUGUAGGUCAGAGGGACUAACAAUCCAGUAUUCAUUUCUGGUUUCUCAAACUGAACCCUGGCUGUCCCUUAAGACCUAGCAUUAAUGGAGGCUGAGGAGCAGACUUAGGGGAGGGAGGGAGGCAGGCUUGGGAGAAGAGACUGUUGGACUUGGAAUAUUUAAUUCAGGUUUUAGCAUUUUUAGAGUACUAAGACCUUAUAUACUAAUUAAGUGGGGCUAAAAUUAUAGUGAGACUAUAAAAAGCAAAAACAUCUGUAGACAUAGACAUCUGUCUUCAUACAGACAUAUAACCACAUAUACUCAGAGACUCAUAUACAGAUCUUUGAUUUACCACUCAUUUUGCAGGACUUAAAACCAAAAGAACAGAUUUUCAGAUUGAUAAAUAAAGUAUUAUUCUGAUG